AUGCCUCAGCUAUGGCUAGCUGUCAUCAUCAGUGUGCUGUGGGUGGUGUUUAGAAGUAUCGGAAAAAGGCGAGCACUAGCACAGUCAAUCUUGGAAACUGAAAAGCCCAAUGAUGCGAAAGAAGACGCAUAUUACCAGAUCGAAGCUCUUCCGCAUCUCGAUCUGGAGCAAGAAGAGCCAAUCAAAUUUCGUCCCUUCAAGCCAAAAUACCAUCUUACAAUGUCUAUCGAGAAUUCCACUCUCUCAGACCUCGUCGCGAUGGAUAAGACCUACGCUUCACGAAUCGCUCUCCGGCAGAAGCUCAUCGAGGAAGAGGGCACCAACGUCCUCGCCUUGAACCCUAUAGUUGACCCAGCCGUGUUCGAAUUCUACACCUGGAUGGUAGAGACCUACCUACCGACACGCUUCCCCACAGUCUACACACUCACGCCAGCUGGCCUUCACAACAAAGUAACAAACCUUCAUCUCCCCCUCAAACCUACCACAUCCCAAUCUGCACUCGAGUUGCUCGGUAGCAACGUUGACUCCGACUUCCUCUUCCUCCUCCCACCCUCUACCCCAGAGGACGACGACAAAUACCGCCUCCAAGGCUUCGUGACCUGCUUCCCCUCCGGCUUCUCCACCCUCAAGAAGCUCGGCAUGAAGCUCGCCGAAAUCCACACCCCGGUCCCGAAUUACAGCGAGAAGAUGGAGAAGUCGAUGGACCGCUACUUCGCCAACCUACCCAUCGGCAAGAUCGUCAAGCGCGCAAACUGGACGAUAACCACACACAAGCGGCUCUUCUGCCUCGACGGCAACCACAUCUCCGAGGCGGACAGGGCAGCCCUGAAUGAUGGCUUACCGCCCCCGUCUGCAGAUGACGAGAUCGAUAUAGACCAGACUGUCGUGAGGUGUGAGAGGCAGACUCUGCAUCGGUUGCCCAACACUCGCGCGUUAGUGUUUUCAUUCAAGACGUAUCAGUAUCCGCUGAGGGAGUUGAGAGAUGAAGGGUCUGGGGAGAUGCUGUGUGAGGCGAUUGAUGGGCUCGGGAGGGGUAAUGUUCCCGAGAUGAAGGUCUACAAGAGGGCUGCUAUCUGGGGUGAUAGGGUUAAGCAGUUCUUGAGGGAAGGGGUCUGA